CGCAGCGUGGGUUUGUCCUCUGCUAGUCGUUCUUCUAGGUUUUCUUUCCCCCGUAGUUCUUUCCUUUGCUCCCGCCUCAGUCCGGCGAGCAUGAAGGCUCUAAGCCCGGCCCGAGGCUGCUACGAAGCCGUGUGCUGUCUGUCGGAGCGCAGCCUCGCCAUCGCGCGUGGCCGUGGAAAGAGUCCCGCAGCCGAGGAGCCACUGAGCCUGCUUUAUGAUAUGAAUGACUGCUAUUCUCGCCUGCGGGAGCUGGUGCCGGGCGUCCCGCGGGGCACGGAGCUCAGCCAGGUGGAGAUCCUGCAGCGUGUCAUCGACUACAUCCUGGACCUGCAGGUGGUGCUGGCCGAACCCGCCCCGGGGGCCCCCGACGGGCCCCAUCUCGGCAUCCAGGUGGGUGCGCAUUGGGGACAGCACCGGACGACAGCCGAACUGACGUCUGAACUCUACUCAAAAGAUGAGAGGAGUCUUUGCCACUGACCCCAGCCACCCCUAGUUCUGUAUGCAGGUGUUGUGAUCCCGCUGGGACCCCGAGGAUCAGGCUUUGACCAGAGCCCCAGGAAUGGCCAGGUCCACACUGGCUCCAGCAUCUGUUUUUCCCACUGUCUCCACCUCGCCUGGUUUAAGGCUGAAAGGAACUCUCAGCUGCGCCCCAUCUUCCCGGGAGCUAGGAGAACUGAACUGUGGGGCUUCUGUAGCAGAAAGAGAAAGCAAUUUUCAUAUCGGUUUUCCCCAAGUUUAAAAGGAUUGGAUUGUUAAGCAAAUCGCUUUUUUGUUUUGUUUGAAGGGACAUUUUGUUAUUUCUCUUCCCCGACCCCACCCCAACCAAUUUUGUUGAGGCAGUUGGAGACCUUAGAUUGUGGUGUCCCUGGAGGGGGGAGACCCUUCAGGAAAGAGACCUGCUUGUUCCUGCCCCCUCCUCAAGACCUCACUGUGAUUAUGAACUCUAUAAUAGAGUAUGUAUAGCAUAUGUACCUUUGUGCAGGAAGGUGACUUUCUGUAAUCAUGCAUUGUACUUUAUAAACUUUUUAUAAAAGUUAAAACUUUUUGCAUAAUAAAGGUGUUGUUUUUUUAACUUU